UUCACCUUUACAGGGUGCUGCUCUGGAACCACUUAAUAUGGCAUCAAAGGUAGUGCCUGAGACUUCUGCACCCAAUCAAUCUCCUUCUAUCAAGGUAUCUUCAAUUUCCACCACCAAUGAAAAUAAGGGAGUUAGUAUUACCAGAUCUCAUGAGGUUCCUGGAAAAUUCAGUACAGAUGGGACAACUUCAGCUGCUGGCAAGAGUGGAAGUCUGUCUCUUGAUGCUUUAGCGAAAGCUAAGAAAGCUUUGCAGAUGCAAAAGGAAUUGUCAGAAAAGCUGAAAAAGAUUCCAUUGUUGAAUAAAGGAGCUAGCUCCGAUGGUAGCCAACAGUUUGGAUCAACAGACAAGGAGGUACCUAAAUCUCAGCUAUCAAGCACAGCAAGGCAGCAAGGUUCUAUCCCACCCACUACUGCAGCAGUGGCUUCCGUUUCGCAGGAAAAAUUAAGCAUAACAACUGUGCCUACUGCAGCUACAGCUUCUGUGAAGCCCCCCACCACUGGCGUGACUGCUCUUCCUGGGCUUACGACCGUACCUAACUAUGAAGCUGUAAAACGAGCACAAGAACUUGCUGCAAAGAUGGGAUUUCACCAGGACCCAGAAUUUGCUCCUCUCAUAAACAUGUUUCCAGGGAACACUACAACAGAUGUUGCUGUCCAGCAGAAGCCAUCCAAAGCCCCUGUUCUCCGUCUGGAUGCACUUGGUAGGGAAAUAGAUGAGCAUGGAAAUGUAAUCAAUAUGCCUAAUCUAACAAAUCUCAGCACAUUAAAGGUCAACAUCAACAAACAGAAAAAGGAAGCUUUCCAGAUUCUUAAACCUGAGCUGGAUGUUGAUCCAGAAUUGAAUCCUCAUUUCGACCCUGGAAUGGGCAUCAAUAAAACGAAGCUGUUGAGACCCAAGAGGAUGGCAUUUCAGUUUGUAGAGGAAGGAAAAUGGUCGAAGCAGGCAGAAAUAAUUAGAUUCAAGAGUCAAUUUGGAGAAGCACAAGCUAAAGAGUUGAAGACAAAGCAAGCACAGCUGGCAAAGGCAAAGGCAGAGCCUGAUAUCAAUCCGAAUUUGAUAGAGGUGUCAGAGAGAGUUGUCCACAAGGAAAAACAGAAGGACCCAAUCCCAGAAACUGAGUGGUGGGAUAUACCACUUUUGCUUUCUGGAACCUAUGGCGAUUUAAAUGAAGGUAACAUCACUGGAGAUAAACUUAAAAUGGAUAAGAUUACAAUUUAUGUCGAACAUCCUCUUCCUAUUGAGCCCCCUGCAGAACCUGCUCCGCCACCUCCACAGCCUCUGAAACUUACCAAGAAGGAACAGAAGAAAUUGCGCACACAGCGGCGCUUAGCAAAGGAAAAAGAUAGGCAGGAAAUGAUAAGGCAAGGUCUGUUAGAACCCCCAAAGCCCAAGGUGAAGAUGAGCAAUCUCAUGAAAGUUCUUGGUUCAGAAGCAACACAAGAUCCCACCAGGCUUGAAAUGGAAAUACGGAGUGCAGCUGCUGAGCGUGAACAAGCCCAUGUUGACAGAAACAUUGCACGGAAGCUCACACCAGCAGAGCGCCGUGAGAAGAAAGAAAGGAAGCUCUUUGAGGAUCCAAAUACAGUGGAGACCCUUGUGUCGGUGUAUCGGAUCAAUGACCUUUCACAUCCACAGACCCGCUUUAAGGUUGAUGUCAAUGCCCAGGAGAAUCGCUUGACGGGCUGUGCUGUCAUUUCAGAUGGUAUUAGUGUGGUGGCCGUUGAAGGUGGUAGUAAGCCCAUCAAGAGGUAUGGGAAGUUGAUGCUCCAGCGGAUCAAUUGGGCUGCCUCAGUGGGGAAUGAAGAAGACGGUGAAGAUGAAAACAAGGAGAAACCAGUUAACAAGUGUGAUUUAGUGUGGCAGGGAAGUGUUGCUAAGCCAAGCUUCAACAGGUUUCUUGUUCAUCAGUGUAGGACCGAAGCUGCCGCAAGGAAAGUGUUCUCUGAUGCUGGGGUUGGUCACUAUUGGGAUCUGGCCCUUAACUAUACGGAUGAUUAAGUAUACAUGGAAAAAUGGAUGAUGAUGGGUUUGAGAAUUAGAAAUCAGUAUCAUUUUUCAGAUGGUAAGUGCUUAUUGAUACCCCUCCCCCUCCACCUUGUUUUGUAGUGCUGGUGUGGUUUGCUCCUGUAUGGCAUAUUUUGACAAGAGGAUAUUGCAUUGCUUAAGAAAAUAUUCAUCAUUCACUUAGAUGGCAUGCAAUAGUAUCUCUGUGAGCCUGAGGGGGUUGAGAGGGUCUGUAGAGCUCCAUAGCUCUACCGAUCCUUGGUGCAUUUCUCAUGUAUUUUUAGUAUCUUGAGCUUCAUAAUGUCUCUCAAUAACACGUAGACAUGUAUCUAACAAUGUAAA